AAAAUAAAAAAGAUAAAAAAUUUCGAGAGGCACCGACUGAGAAGCAGAGGGAUACAGACACAAACUCCAUGGCGAUUAUUACCUGCAAUCACAAUCACCUCGUCCUGAUACAAACCUCAAAACAGACACUCACACUUGUGUAAUAAUACAAACCUCAAAACAGACACUCACACUUGUGUAAUAAACCACACAAGCAAAACCUACAAGUGAGUUGUGUUCAUUACAUUUGAUAUUCAAGAUUACAGAUCUGUCAUUCAUAUAGCACCGAUGGGGAGGUCCCCCAAGCAUCGAUCCACAAUCAUGUAUCUUUUAUUUGUGUGUUUGGGUCUCUUUGGUACCUUUUUAGUUGCUGAUCUUUUCUGGGCUUCUUCAUCUUCUUACAAAUCCAACUGGCCCACUUCUCCUCAGCUCAACCCUAAUCUUGAAAAUCUUGAUCAUAAUGCUUCUCACAAGAUUGGUGGGGUUUUCGAAAACCCGAAAAAGGAGAAGCCAGUGAGGCUGUUGUCUGCGACUUUUGCUGAUUUGCCUGCUCCUCAGCUUGAGUGGGAGAAGAUGGCUACUUCUCCUGUUCCCCGUCUCGAUGGAGCUGCUUUGCAGAUUAAUGAUCUUCUUUUUGUGUUUGCUGGAUAUGGCACCAUUGAUCUUGUGCAUUCUCAUGUUGAUAUUUAUAACUUUACUGAUAAUACAUGGGGUGGAAGGUUCGAUAUGCCAAAAGAAAUGGCACAUUCGCAUCUUGGCAUGGUAACGGACGGAAGAUACAUUUAUGUAGUUACUGGACAAUAUGGUCCGCAAUGUAGAGGGCCUACUGCACGUAAUUUUGUCCUGGAUACUCAGACGAAGCAAUGGCAGGAUUUGCCGCCUUUACCGGUUCCUAGAUAUGCACCCGCUACUCAACUUUGGAGAGGCAGACUCCAUGUGAUGGGUGGAAGUAAAGAAAAUAGACAUACCCCUGGAUUAGAGCAUUGGAGUCUUGCAGUGAAGGAUGGAAAAGCUUUGGAGAAGGAAUGGCGCACUGAAAUUCCAAUUCCUCGUGGUGGCCCCCAUAGGGCCUGUGUUGUGGCAAAUGACCGGUUAUAUGUCAUUGGUGGUCAAGAAGGUGAUUUUAUGGCGAAGCCUGGUUCGCCAAUCUUCAAAUGCUCCAGAAGGAAUGAGGUUGUGUAUGCUGAUGUAUACAUGCUUGAUGAUGAGAUGAAGUGGAAAGUUUUGCCUCCAAUGCCAAAGCCUGAUUCUCACAUAGAGUUUGCCUGGCACAUUGUAAACAACUCGAUUGUCAUUGUUGGAGGCACAACCGAUAAGCACCCUGAGACGAAGAAAAUGACACUGGUCGGGGAAGUGUUCCAGUUCCAGUUAGAUAAUCUGAAAUGGUCAGUGGUUGGAAAACUUCCAUUUAGAGUCAAAACCACUCUAGUUGGAUUUUGGAAUGGGUGGUUGUACUUCACAUCAGGACAGAGAGACAAAGGACCAGAUGAUCCAUCUCCCAGGAAAGUGAUUGGAGAAGUGUGGAGAACUAAACUGAGUUUGUGAGCAUCUCUAACCAAAGAAUUUGGCCUAAUCAACCGAUUGCACAUUGCAGCUUGUAAUUUAAGUGAAAAGGGUUUUCCCGAUAUAUAUUUAAUUCAUUCAGGGCAUUCUUUAGAUUCUGUUUACAUUCUUCUUUCUUGCCAAAGGAAGGUGAGGUACUUGUAUCAUGUUGUAACCCAUUUGUAAUAUUUAAACAUGUAUGUAGAUAGAGAAGUUGAUAUAGUUACAAACCAGAAGCUGAGUUGUAUAAUGCCAUUUUUGUUGUUGACAUGACUGCACUAGCUAGGUAAUUUGUCCAUGAAGAACACUAUGAUAUGGCAUUUAUAAUGGAGGUAUUGUCCCCAUUUGUUUUGUUUUA